GACACAGCUUUGAUGACGUCGAAAUUCGUUGUUUGAUGGCGUCAUCCUGUCGAUAUCACCCCGAGAGACGCGUGCAAGAUGACGUCAGUAUAACGCUGUUGGUUGCUUCACAACAGUUUCCAAGGAUACGAGAGUCAUUGAGAAGUUCCGUUGGUCAUGGUGUAUUGUUUGUGAAGUCUUUGUCACUGAGCGUUGUCUGUUGUUGCUAAUGUGGAUGUGCACAGACUUCCUUCUACAAACUUCUACCGGGCAAGAAGUAGAAGUUCAUUUAAAGUCACCUGAUAUAACACUUUGCUGAAUCCUUGGAGGUAUAUUUACACAUCGUAAAUCGGACAAAAACUCCAUCACUACGCCAGUAUGGGUAUGGACUUGUUGGAAAAGAACUUUGCCAAACUGUCAUUGGACCGACAUUUUGUCGACUUGGUGUACAUGCCAAUCCUUACAGCCAUAGCAUUGCUAGGCAACAUUCCGACGUUCUACAUCUUCCGCUACCGCUCGCCCUCCUCUGUGUUCUCUUUCAACGUCCAGUAUCUGAGCUUAAUCUACAUGGUCGCCAUCAUCAUCAAGUUGCAACUUUCCAUAAUGAUCCUCGUCAACGCCGAAGACGGGCAGUUUGCGAGGGCGUGCAGCGUGUUAUGUUACGUCGACAUGGUGACGUUCGUGGCGACUGGCCUACAGCUGCUGCUAACAGCUGUCGACAGAUGGCGGCGUAUUGUGCAUCCGGAGUGGGAACUGCUCAACAUCCGUUCUGUGCGCACCUUGAGCGUGAUGUUCAUGGUGACUUCUCUCAUCCUGAACGUGCCAGCGUCGAUGGUGUUCGGACGCAGACUCUUCUACUACAAAACGACUGUGGGGUCGUCCACGAUCGGGCUGUGGCAGUGCUUCAUUCGUGAUCGGGACAACGAGAGCGGCUGCUUACUGCUCUAUGUCACCUUCAUCCUCACCUGCUACUUCAUCUUCGCCGGCUGCUUCAUCGCCUUCUUUCACGCCAUCACUCGCGAGUUCGCCGUUGGAGUCCAGCACCAGCGCACUGCUCGCAACACCUCGCUCGUCCUCCAGAGAUCUGCCCAGCUGUUCCAGGCCAUGGCCGUGACCUUCUUGGUCUGCUACUUCGUGUACUUCGUAGGGCUCGCCUUGCGCGCCGCCCACACAGCCUCUGAUCCCUUCCUCUUCAUCGUUGUCAAGCCCGUCAUCGACGUCCUGUGCUACUUUAACCUUAUGUACUUGUCAUCACCGCCUUUCAUCUUCUUCGCUGCUUCCAGAAGGUAUCGACAAGAAUUCAAGAAGUUCGUAACAUGUGUGCCGAUUCGCAAGCGAAAACAGUGGAAGCAAGAAGUGGCCUUUUACCGGAUGAGUCGAAAGACGCACCCAGCAGCUCAAGUUAGACAUGUACGAUGAACGACAGCUCGUUAUAUAUGUACAGUGAAAUACGUAUUGCAGGUUGACUCCGCUCCAUCGCUGCUGCUGGUGAAUUUUUAAAAAAGUUCAAAUGUGUGUGGCUUAGUACUUAAAGGCUAAACAGAAUGUCUUCACUGCUGGAACACAAUAAAUUAAGUCUUCCGUGGAAUCCGAAAUAUUGCUCGAUGUGACCAAAGACAAUAAAGAACUUUAUUGUCUAUGA